AUGGGAGAUGGCACGGGAAGCAGCGUCGGCGAGUUACGAGCAAAAGAAGAAGUGCGAUGUCAUCCGGCCGGGAGAGAGGGACGAGGUGAAUCCGUGGUUGCGGCGCACCGGUUGGGUUCCAUAUUUGACAGGGUGCCCGCAAGGCGAUUUGUUGGAGGCGAUUUGUUGGCGGCGAUUCGAAAGCCAGACGAGUAUGCCGAUGAGCGGGAAGAGUGCAUUGCAAGCAUCGUUUGGAACGCGGUGGGCGACAUGGCCGCCAUGGCAGAGAGUGGGGUCCGCCGCAGCGGGGUGAUGUUGCGUUUCGAGGCCAUCCGCACCGAGAUCGACCAGGUACGAUACGCACCGUUGGAGCCGUAUCGGGAACGCGAACGAGUGCGCAAGGAGUGUCAGUCAUGGCAGCAGAUGGUGAUAUUUUUCGUCCGGACGCAGCAACACAAUACGUGGCAGACGCCGCCGUACGGUUUCAACAAUCGUCAGAAAAAAGCGUUCCAGCGAUUGGUGGAGGCGGCGGAGCAAGAGGUCGUCCGGAGAGAGGGCGACAGUGGCAGCAGUAGCGAUGACAGUAGUGAGGAUGAAGACGAAGAGGACAGCGGCGAGGAGGAGAUGGGAACGAAAGACGAAGCCAGGAGGAAAGACCCGAGCAAGCGCGACACGGUGCCCGGAGGGAUGGAAACAGUGCAAUUGGCGGCGUUGGAUUUUUGCAUCGAGUUGUUGAAUCAAGCGAUGCAACAGCACGAGACGGAGAUGGCGUUGGUGUGCGCGUUGGCAGUGUUGGGUGUGCGGCCGGCGGGGAAGGGAUUCCGUGACGAGGAGGUUUUCCCGUCGAUUUUGUCGUCCAUCAUCAAGAUCGCGCAUUUCAUGAUCGUUUUGAAGGCCGAGCCGGUGACCGGCGAGAUUUGCGAGGAAGAGUGGGCGGCGAUAGAGAGCCCGUGCACGUUCGACGACAGCGGGUACGAAAGCGAACGACCGCAACGACCACCGAAGCGCAGACGGGGCACCAGGAGCAGUUUCCAGUGGGUCAAGAAAAUGAUGGAUGCGUUCAUGGUGCGCGGCACGGCCAGCCCGAUGCAGUGGAUGUUGGAUUUGAGAGCGUACGGCAUGAAGGUUUCGUUCAACACGACGAGUCAAGGACACGUCGGUUGGCGGAACGGCGACGUUUUGCAAUACAAAGACAUCCAUUUCAGCAUGGCACAAUUCCGCGGCAUGGUCGACCAGUUGCAGAGGACGACGCGGAAGCAAUUGAUGGAGAUCAUGUUCGCAACAGACGAGCGAGACGUACCCGCCGUGCCGUGGAACGAUUUGUUCGACGACCCCAGCAACGACAGCGACGGAUGGAGUUUUAUCGACGACACCCGCACGCCGUGGCCCGUGGACGGACGACGAUGGUUGUUCGAGCGUAUUCGAAGCCGACCCGGGUGCAGACGACGAUUCGCGAGCGAGCAGACGGCGAAGGGUGUCAACGAAGCCAAGUUGAGGGAUUGGAUGAAGAUGAUAGACGAUUUCCGCGGUCAGUUGUUGGCGUUGAUGCACAUCACCGGCGGACAGCCAGCGCGAGGACCCGAAAUUUUGAGCGUGAGGCACAGCAACACCGCGCAAGGCCGGUUCCGCAAUUUGUUCAUCGAGGACGGCAUGGUCGUGUUCGUGACGCAGUAUCACAAAGGAGAACAGUACCAGGCGAACGUGAAGAUCGUCCACCGUUAUUUGCCGCGCGAGGUGGGCGAGUUGGUGGUGUGGUAUCGGUGGUUGGUGGUACCGUUCGUCCAGCGCAUGAAGUCGUGGUUGUGGUCCGAGUCGCCCGUGUCAGAGCACAUAUGGGGGCCGGGCGUCGACGGGAGACAAUGGACGACGGAGCGGAUGAAGAGACAUUUGCAGCGAGCCACCGAAGCCGGGUUGGGCCACAAGAUUAACGUCGCCGCGUAUCGACACAUCGCCAUCGCCAUCAGCCGCAGGUGGGUGCGGUCCAGCAGCGCAUUCACAGACGAAGAGGCGAUAGACGACGGGGACGAGAUAGCCGACGACCAGGCGACGCACAGCCCGUUCACCGCAGGAGCCGUUUACGCCCGUGAGAUGCAAGAGUUGCCCGGAUCGAUGGCCAGCCGCCGACAGCAAUUUCGGACAGCGAGCGUGGAUUGGCACCGAUUUUUGGGGUUCAAUUCCAGCAUCAAGGAUGAGGUGCAGCGAGGAAUCAAGCGCAAAGGGGAUCCGUUCCAGGGGCACAGCAAACGAGCGCGCAUCGAGAGAGAGCAGCGAGUACGGUACAUGGACGUCAUCGGAGAGAUGACGUGGAUGAUGAAACAGGACGUG